AGUUGUGAGAAGCGAGGUGUGGCUCCUUCAGACGGGGAGGAGAAGGCAGGCGAGAAGACCAGAUUUGCUGGCUGGAGUCAAGGAGAAAAAAGAAACCCAUUUCCUUCCUCCUUCAGGCCUUUGGGUGGACAGCUGUCGAUGGCCAAAGGAGAAGAGAGGGGAAUUCCCGCGGCUGUGACACAGCAGGAGAAAGACAUGGCCCUGCAGCAGCCGCAAUAUCCCUCGACGCCGCUUUCCUUGGGCAGUUCUGCUGCGCAGUCUCCUUACAUCCACAGCAUGCCCGCCUGGGUGCUGGAGGAUUUCUGCCAGAAGAUGGACUGCCUCAACGACUACGACUGGAUGCGCUUUGCAUCCUAUGUGAUAACUGACCAGACCGAGCUGAGGAAAAUCAAGUGCAUGGAGAAGGCAGGAAUCAGUAUAACAAGAGAGCUGAUGUGGUGGUGGGGAGUGAGACUCGCAACUGUCCAGCAGUUGUUGGAACUUCUGCAGGAACUUCAGCUCUAUCGGGCAGCACAAGUAAUUGCAAACUGGAAGUCACCUUUGUUGCCCACUGAUUCUUCAAGGACUCCUUUAGAGACCCCUCAAAAGGAAAAUGCAUCACUGCAUCCAACUGGGAACGAAAAUAAAGUCACAGCAGAUCCUGCUCUAAAACCAUAUGCACAUUUGCUUCCUCUAUCCCCACCUCCAACUUCUACGGACCUUCCACAUUCUUUACGUUCAAAUCCACCAGAAUUGCAGAAUGUUAAGCCUGGCAGUUCUUCCAUCCCUCAACAGGAAGCUAUUCCUAAUCGCCUCACUGCAAGCCUUUUGUGGGCUCCAGAAGAAGUGGAAGCUGUCACCAGUGGCUUCAGUGAGGAAAACCGAAUUAGUGAAGGCAUGUUUGCCAUUGCCUACAAAGGUUGCAGGGGCAACAAUUUAUACGUGGUUAAAAGACUAAAAGAGCAAAAUCAGACACAAAAACUAUUCCGUACAGAGGUACAGAUCUGCUUCCGGAGUUGCCAUCCUAACAUUCUGCGGUUGUUAGGCUUUACUGUAGAAAGUGGAUUUCACUGCCUGAUAUACCCUUACAUGCCUAAUGGAUCGUUGAUGGACAGACUGCAGUCUCAGGGCAGUUCUGAACCUUUAACAUGGGAGAAACGCAUCAAAAUUUCUUUGGGACUUGUUCAAGCUGUUCGGCACUUGCAUCACUUAGGAAUUAUUCAUGGAAAUUUGAAAAGUUCCAACGUCUUAUUGGAUGAAAACUUUGCACCACAACUUGGACAUUCUGGUCUCAGGUUGCAGCCUGCAGAGAAAAAAUCUGAGCGCUCUGUGAUGAAAACCAAAGUCUUGCAAGCUUCUCUCGCUUACUUCCCGGAGGAUUUUGUCAGGCAUGGGCAGCUAACGGAAAAAGUGGACAUAUUUGGUUGUGGAAUAGUUUUAGCAGAGAUACUGACUGGCAUGAAGGCAAUGGAUGAAGGAAGGCAUCCUUUUUACCUGAAAGAUGUCUUCCUUGAUGAAAUCCAGGUGGCAAAGGAACUAUCCAGUUCUAAGGAGAAAACUUUUGAAAGACUUGCUGCCACAGAAAUAUGUCACAAAUAUCAAGACAAGCAUGCAGGUCACUUACCAGAAAUGACUGCUGUUUGGUUGGCCACUGCUUCGUGUGUUUGCCUGAGGAAAAAGAAUGCUAACAUAGCAGAGGUGCAUGAAAUAAUCGAAAUGGCAGUUCAUCAAAUACAGUGUCAGGAAAUGGCCGAGUGGAGCAGAUACCGUGGACUCUCCAUGAAUACUCCAGAAGAAAACGAUGAGCCAGCCAGCCCGCUUAAUUUUGGUUUCUCAAAUGAAGUGAAUCCCGGGUCUUUGAACUGUGGAGAUUUGUUGCCACCUUUGAUGAGCGCCAUGUCUCCUGAAACAUACUCUGGGCAGAUGUUACAGGUCCCUUGCGAGUCAGAUGAAUCAAGUAACUUUUCGUGGGACCCUACAGAUGCUGCUGUCGCCUGCCUGCCACCAAGCAACAACUCUCAAUAUCUAGAAAAUGUUUCUCCCACAAAGCCUCUGGCAAAUGAUUCAGAAUAUAGCACUGUCUUCUCAACAAAAAAUAUGAACUCUAAUAAGGAGCCACUAGAAACAACUGCUUCUUUAAAUAAAACGACUCCAUCAAAUACAAAUACGGAAAGCUCUGGUGCUGCCUGUUCUUCACAAGGUAACAAGCAGGGGUGAAAGAAAUAAAAAUCAACGAUAAAAGAAAAAGAUGAUGGAACGAUUUUUAUUGUAUGAAGAAAAUAAGAUAAAUACUUGUGAACUCUUUGAAGAUUUGAUGUAACUAAAUCAUAAUCCAUGCAGUUUGCAGAAGAUUAACUUUAUUGGCAGUAGAAACAAAAGCACAAUGCAUUUUUUGAAGUUACAUUGGGUACCUAUGCAAGAUAUGGAUAGGAUGGGAAGCAUCAACUUGAGGUGAUUAGUGUCAAGAAUUAUAUUCACAGCUUUAUGGCUGUGAUUGAAAUGUAUUUUGGUAGACAAAUCUCUUGAAACCAAAGGCUGCAGCCAAAGUGAAACACAUAACAGAAAAAAGA